AUGGCUCCGCGUGAUCCGUACGCUAUACAGGGGACGCGCGUGGCUGACUGGACGGAGGUAAAUGUUUCUAUAAAUCAUGUGGAGACUUCCCCGUCUUCGAUUCCUCUAGACGCCACCCUCUCCGAGCUCCCCUUCUUCCCCGAGGAAUUCACCCUCUCCCAUCUGCCCUUCUUCUCCGCGGACUGUGUCGACGAUCUUCCCCUCCCACCUACGCCUCCGUCUGUGUGCGAGGAGUGCUGGAAGGGACCCUUUGCGAUUCAUUUCGGGAUCCCCUGCGUGUCGCUCCGAGAUGGGAAAUGGUACCGAAGCUGGCCCAAGGAGAAUACGUACAUGAGCUCGUGGGCAAAACUGAAGACCCGUGCCGAUGCAGGCUGUGUAUGGUGUCGAUUGCUCCUCGAUCUGGACGUCGCACAAGACGAUGACCCCGACAAAACAGUGACUAUCACAGUGCGGGGCGGUGGGUUGACUAAGAAAUGUCAUGAUGAAUCGGGUCCCUACCAGAAGCAUCAAGAGGUAGAGGUAGAAAUCAACGAGAACGCCACCUCUAUGAUUAUAUAUGCAGCUCCAGAUGACCCCGCGGCACAUUACAUCACAAAACGAAGCCCGAUCCUGGAUGUCAAAUCUCCUCGUGCCUUGGACCUCGCAAGACAGCUCAGCAAUGAGUGCGUUGACAAACAUAAGCGCUGCAAAAGUGCGGCUUCCCUAAACCCCCGCCUUCCCUCGCGGCUUGUGGACUGCACCGAUCUUGCUCAUCCACGGCUGGUUUCAGCGCCGGGCGAACAUGGCGAAUACCUUGCGCUGAGCUACGUGUGGGGAAAGGACUCGGAGAAGACUCACUAUCGGACAACUACAUCUAACCUAUCGACCUAUGAACACAGAAUCGACCCGCAUGUUCUCCCCUUGACCAUCCGCGACGCCAUCUAUGUCACACACAAACUCGGCUUCCGGUGGCUCUGGGUCGACAGCCUGUGCAUCAUCCAAGACUCGGACGAGGACAAGGCGCACGAAAUCGGUCGCAUGCACCACAUCUAUCGCUAUGCCCAUGUAACGAUCAUGGCCGGUAGCGCGGAAGGAGUCGACUCGGGCUUUCUUCAAGAGCGAUCUCCCCCAGACGACGUCGCUCUCCCCUUCAUCUGCCCUUCCUAUCCUCCGAACUUUCCGGGAUGCCACGAUGGCCAUUCGGCGCCGCGAAAAUUCCAGGUCGGUCAAGUGUACCUCACCCGGGGGAUGAGCGACUGUAAUCCAUACAGCGACGAGCUCGGGAGCAUGGCGGCGCGCGCCUGGUGCAUGCAAGAGUAUCUAUUAUCCCCACGCGCUCUCAUCUUUACCCCCAGGACGCUCCUGUUUAAAUGUCUAACCAUCAGCGACAUGGCGAAUGUUGGCAAUUCAUACUACUCCGUAUACGGCGAACCUCGCCUACCCACUUCGCUCUUCCUCCCGCCAACAGCGCCUGCGGAAUAUUCUGACGACAAGUGGUGGCCGUCCGGGAAGGACAUGUACAGGGCCUGGAUGCGUGUCGUGGAGGACUACACCGGCCGCGCAGCUAGCGACGAGUCGGACAAGCUCGUCGCGUGCGCUGCGAUUGCGGAGGAGUUCCACCGCGUCCUGGGCUCUGAGUACCUCGCGGGGUUAUGGCGCUCGGGCGCGUUCAUCGUCUACCUGCUAUGGGCGGCUGAUCACUCCAAGGAACAAUCACUCGGAUGCAGACAUACUCGCCCAGCAGCGUACCGCGCGCCGUCAUGGUCAUGGGCGGCGGUCGAUGGAGAAAUCAAUCACUUUCAUGCCAGUAAAUGCGCUCUAAGCUUUGCAAGCCCACGAACUGUCGUACUCGCGGAGGUCACUCAGUGCUGGGUCACGCUCGAAGAUCCCACACUUCGCUUCGGUCGAGUGACAGACGGGGCCCUUGCCCUGCGCGGAACACUGAUCCCCUGCCAUGGUGGGCUCGCUGAAAGAUCUCCGGACUUGCCAGAUUCUUGGACCGUUACCCUGCCGUCCUUCGAGGACGUACGACACCAGUGGCAGCGUGGACUUUGGGCCUUGAUCUCGGAUGAAGAAGACCACGUUUACUCGACGGACCCACGAUGCUCCGCACUAGUGACCAUGGACUGCGAUGUCGACGAACUGCCGGGGAGGAUGUGGUUUUCCCCAUUCGUGCCGACCAAGUGGAACACUUACCAAGACGAUAUGCUCGGGGUUGUCCUCGAGCUCGCUCCUCCAUCGAACAGCUCAGGAUCCGCAUCCGAGAAGAUUUGCUUUCGGAGGAUCGGAGCCUUCCGGGACUUCGUCACAGUGGCAAGACCCGGCGAGAACUUCAGGGGGCAUCUACUGCGGGAUCCGCUUACUCGGGCGGUGAAGAUGGGCGAGUUGCCGUGGAUGGACAUUGAGAUCGUAUAA